AUGGUUCGGGGCAUGCCGAGUCUUAGCAUCUCUCUCUCUCUCUCUCUCUCUCUCUCUCUCUCUCUCUCUCUCUCUCUCUCUCUCUCUCUCUCUCUUAAACGGCUCUUGUAUUCAUCUUUUCUUAUUUUUCUCCUUUUCCUUCCGCCAUCUAUCCUUCAGAUUUUCUCAUCUCAACGUCAACCUCAUCCCCGCAUCCGCUCCAAGCUCUCUCCUAAUCUCUUUCUCCCUCUCUUCCUAUCUCUCUCUCUCUCUUUCCCUCUCUCUCUCUUUCUCUCUCUCUCUCUCUCUUCCUUUCUCUUUCUCGCUUUCUCUCUCUCACUUUCUCUCUCUCUCUUUCUCUCUAUCUCUCUGUGGUUUUAUUUUUGUUUCUAUGCACUUUCUUUCUCCUUCCUUUUUACGUUCUCUUUCUUUUCUUUCUAUCUUUAUUCUUUCUUUCUCUCGUUCAUUUACUUUCUUUUUUUUUUUGUUUUCUUCCUUUUCUUUCUUCUGUUCUUUUCCUUUUUCUUCCUCUUUGUUUUUUUUUCCAUGUCGUUUUUGUUUUCUUUCUUUUUCUCAUUAUUUUACUUUCUUUUUUUUUUCUCUAUCUUCCGUUUUCUUAACUGUCUUCUUUUUUUCCUUUCUUUCUUCGCUUUCUCUUUCUUUCUUUCUUUCUUUCUUUCUUUCUUUCUUUUAUUACUUGUUUCUUUCUUUCUUUCUUUCUUUUCACUCGGCCAUUUUAUCCCAUCUUCUAGCCAUGUUUUGCGUUUUUCCAGCACAAAGAUCAUCGUCCAACAUCCGUUUCUGUUACUAAUUCUGUGUCGUAUCUUCUCUCUUUCUCUCUCUCUCUAUCUCUCUCUAUCUAUCUAUCUCUCUCCUUUCCUUCACUCUACCCGUUCAAUCACUAUAUAUCUUCAGACCUCACGCCACCAAUCACCCCCGCAUUUUUCCUCGCCUAUUUUAUCCCUUCUCUCUUAUGAUUUCAUUCUACUCUCUUUUUUUUCUAAAUCUUUUUUCUUUUCUUCUUUCUUUCUCUCUCCCUCACUCUCCCUCUCUCUCUCACUCUCUCUUUCUCUUCUUCACCAUCUCUCUUUCCCCCCUCUCAUGCUUCCAUAUACGCUCUUUUACUUUUUGAUAUUAUUCCUUUCAAUUAUUCUCAGUAUUCUUUCUUUUCCUUUUUUUUCUUUCUUUCUUUUCCCUUUUCUUUCCUUUCUUUCUUUCUGCUCCAUGUAUUUUCUUUUCUUUCUUUUUUCUUUCUUUCCUUCUUUCUUUCGGUUCCAACUUGUUCUUUUUCCUUUUCUUUUCUUUUUCUGCCUUUCUUUCUUUCUUUAUUUAUUUAUUUAUUUAAUUCUCUUUCUUCUUUUUUUCGUUCUCUUCCAUUUUAGUUUUCUAUUCCAACUAGCUUUUUCUUUUCCUCUUUCGUUCUUUCUUUCUUUUCUUUCUUUCUUUCUUUCUCUCUCUCUCUCUCUCUCUCUCUUUCUUUUUUUCUUUCACGAAAUCUUAAUCUCUUCCCGUUAA